AUGAACCAUAUGUUCGGAGAUUUGAGCACUAAGUACGAUAAUGACGCGAGCCAUAUGAGACAGAUGGACAUUCAGAUAGCUCAGACUGCUGAGAGCAUCAAGAGGCAGCAAGUUGGAACAAGUUCGCCAGGGCCAGAACAACCAGCUGAAGUUGUUUGCCCGAUCCCAGAGGUUGUUCCUCCUCGCGAAUACAUUCCUAAAGUCCCUUACCCUGUUCCAGCAAAGGCCACUCGUAAGGACAGAGAGGAGAUGAAGUGUAGGAAGAUGUUGGAGGACCUAACCGUCCAACUCCCCAUGAUGGAUGCUAUCCAGAUGAUGCCCUCCAUGCGCAGUUUUAUGAAGGGAUUGAUCUCAGGAAAAAUAUCAGAGGAGAGCGAAUUCAUGACAGUUUCAAAGGAGUGCAGCGCAGUGCUUCAGAACAGGCAGAUAAAGAAGCGAGGAGACCCCGGCAAGUUCGUCCUCUCAAUCCAGAUUGGGAAGACAGUUUUUGCAUGCUCCUUGGUUGAUCUUGGAUCCAGCGUGAACCUCAUGCCUUACUCUGUAGCACGACGUCUAGGAUACACGCAUUUCAAACCAACUAAGAUGUCCUUAGUGUUCGCGGAUAGAUCAGUCAAAUCCCCAGUUGGUAUUCUAGAGGAUCUCCAAGUAAAAGUCGGAAACACCUCUGUUCCAGCAAACUUCGUUGUUCUGGAGCUGGAAGAAGAGUCUAAGGAUCCUCUCAUCUUAGGAAGACCAUUCCUAUGUACUGUUGGAGCCAUCAUUGAUGUGCGACAAGGGAAGAUUGAUCUAAAUCUUGGGGACAUAGUCAUGCAAUUCGAGAUGGAUGAACUACUAAAAAAGCCGAUGUUAGAUGGGCAGACCUUUGAGGUUAAUGAAGGGAUUGACCCGCUGCAACCUCGCGAAAGAAUGAUCGAGGAGAUUCUUACAGAAGACCCACUUGAGCUUGCACUAGUAAGAGCUGAGGCCGAGCAGAGUGUCGUAAACAUUGAUGCAGACGGGUAUGCCAAGAUGCUUGAUUCCGCAAGGAGUAUGGAAAGAAUGGUAGCGAGUCUAAGUCUAGAGGAGGCAAGCAGCAGGGUCGAAACCACUCCAUCUAGAGCGACCCCUACACCUGACUCGCCUGUUCUGUCGAACCAACCAGAGGAUCCCUGGAGCGAGCUUAAAGCUCCUAAGGUUGAGCUAAAACCCCUUCCCAAGGGGCUCAGGUAUGCUUUCUUAGGUCCGAAUUCCACAUAUCCUGUAAUUGUCAAUGCUGAGCUAAAUAUUGUGGAAACUGCAUUGCUUUUGUGUGAGCUUAAGAAAUAUCGUAAGGCAUUAGGAUAUUCACUAGCUGACAUACCUGGCAUUUCACCUGAUUUAUGCAUGCAUAGAAUACACCUAGAAGAUGAAUCAACGACUUCUGUCGAACAUCAGAGGAGGUUAAACCCGAAUCUAAAAGAUGUCGUUAAGAAAGAGAUUAUGAAACUUCUUGAAGCAGGUGUAAUCUAUGUCAUAUCUGAUAGUAAAUGGGUCAGCCCUGUUCAUGUAGUACCUAAGAAAGGUGGGAUCACUGUUAUCACAAACGAAAAGAAUGAAUUGAUCCCUACUAGGACAAUCCCUAUCCAUCCAGGCGAUCAGGAGAAGACGACGUUCACCUGCCCCUACGGAACGUACGCUUACAGGAGAAUGCCAUUCGGCCUGUGCAAUGCGCCAGCAACAUUUCAGCGUUGCAUGAUGGUACUAAAAAGGUGUGAGGAGAAACAUCUCGUGCUCAACAGGGAGAAGUGCCACUUCAUGGUCACAUAUGGGAUUGUUCUGGGGCACAAGAUCUCCGAGAAAGGAAUUGAGGUGGAUAAGGCAAAGAUCAAGGUGAUGAUGAGUUUGAACCCACCAACAAAUGUGAAAGCUAUCAGGAGUUUCUUGGGUCACGCUGGGUUUUACAGACGGUUUAUCCAGGACUUCUCAAGGAUAGCGAGACCACUCACCAGACUACUCUGUAAGGAGAUCAAGUUCGAUUUCGACAGUGAGUGUUUAGCUGCGUUCCACACCAUUAAAAGAGCUCUAGUCAGCGCACAUGUUGUGCAACCGCCAGACUGGGAUCUCCCCUUCGAAAUCAUGACUGAUGCAAGCGACUUUGCAGUUGGAGCAGUACUUGGGCAGCACAAGGAUAACAAACUUCAUGUGAUCUAUUAUGCGAGCAAAACUAUGGAUGAAGCUCAGUGCAGAUACACCACAAUAGAGAAAGAACUCCUGGCUAUUGUGAUUGUGCACACAGACUAUGCUGCUCUUAAGUAUCUUCUCACAAAGAAAGAUGUGAAACCGAGGUUGUUAAGGUGGAUUCUUCUCCUCCAAGAAUUCGAUCUUGAGAUAAAGGAUAAGAGAGGAGUCAAGAAUGGGGUUGCAGACCAUCUGUCCAGAAUGAAGACUGAUGACGACACAACUCUUGAUGAUGAACACCCAGUGGAACACGUCAAUGCGAUUGGUCUGCUUUUCGCGGAACAACCUUUGCGAAUCACAUCUGACUGCUCUAGCAUCGCAGAAUAA